AGCGAGGGAAGUGUCUGCAGGCCGAGGAGCCUCGGUAAGUGAACGCUUCCCUUCCGAGCGCUGACUGUGGUUCAGCCAGUCCUGACUCGAUAAACUGGAAGACAAUGCAAAGAGUUUCGAGGUUAAAAAAGGAGCUGCAGUUGCUGGCGAACCAGCCUCCACCUGGUAUUUCUUGCUGGCAGAAAUGUGAUCAAAUGGAUGAAUUACGAGCACAAAUUUUGGGAAGCGCUGAUUCGCCAUAUGAAGGGGGAAUAUUUAAUCUUGAAAUUAUUGUUCCUGAAAGAUACCCAUUUGAACCUCCAAAAAUACGUUUUCUUACUCCAAUAUAUCAUCCCAACAUUGACACAGCAGGAAGGAUCUGCUUGGACAUCUUGAAGUUGCCUCCAAAGGGAGCCUGGCGGCCAUCUCUCAACCUCUCUACUGUGUUGACAUCAAUUCAUUUAUUGAUGUCUGAACCUAAUCCAGAUGAUCCUCUCAUGGCUGACAUUUCAUCUGAAUUCAAAUAUAACAGGCAGUCUUUUGUGGAAAAUGCAAAAAAAUGGACAUUAAAGCAUGCAACACAAACAAAGGACAAGAUACCUGCAUAUCUCAAAGAGAAUCUGAACCAGGUCGAACCAGAUGUAACCAAGGAAAGACCAAUACCACGCAAAAGAUCUGCUUGUGAUUCUGACGAUGCCAAAAAAUUCUGUUUGUAAAUAAUGGAGUAUUUGUAUAUUCAAUGUUAUUUUUUAAUGUUUGUAAUUAUUCUGCCAAAUUGUCACUU